UUGAGUUGCGUUUCCAGAUUCCAUGUGUUCUGUAUACGUGAAAAUGUAUAAGAUACAACCAGAAUAAACAUUAUUUCGCAAAUAGAUUAUCAGAGGCGGAGGAAGCUUCUGCGACGUUUCAACCGUUGUUUAUGAGCUUCAACUGCCCGCUCAGUAAUGGAGAAUUAGAAGAGAAAAAGGUGCAGCAAGAAAGUAAAGAGCUGCUGACGGAGUUCGAUGCUAUGCCUAAGGCACCUACCAAGGUUUACUUCCCGGAAAGCGAGUUUUUGGCAAAGCAGCCAUCGAUGAUACGGUUGAACCGCCUAGUAGAGACAAAACUCAGACUCAAGAUUCAUGGGUUUGACAACCUCGCCCAGAGGCAGGUGGCCAUCAGCGAGGGGAAGUACAAUAGAGUUGCCCGGUACAGGAAGAAGUUGGCCCGGGUAGACAACACAAACUCGAACCAAGGAAGGGGGGUCUGCCGAGAGGUGGUUUCCGAAAGAGAGCAGCAGUGUUGGUGGAAAAUUGUUCUGAGUCCAUACUUCAGGGAAAACAAACGCAAGUCGAGGAUGAUAUACCGACUAAAUGAAUGCCAUUCCAUGCGGAGCAUGGCGUGCUUGAUGGGUUGCAUUGGUGCCAUCAUUCCGAACAACCUCACUCUUCGCCACUUUUUGGAAUUCCAUGGGCGUUAUGGGUGGAGUUACAGCACCAACCCGGCACAGAAAAUGGAAAUGCUUCCACUGCGGUGGCUGGGGGAGCAGGCAAACUUCCUCGAGCCGCUUGUACUCCGCUACAGAACGGACUCGAGCGGCCGCCGGCUCGGGUUUGAGGGACUCUGUCCGUACUGCCCCAUGCAACACGAGGACCGCCUCAAUGGGUACGAUAGUCUUUUCUUCAACCUGCGGAGCUGCUCGUACGAGGCACAUCUUGCCCGCAAACACGGCGUCUACGGGUCUGGCGAGGAGCUGAGCCCGCCCGUGUUUGUGCAGAAGGACUUCGAGGCCAAAUUUGUGUGCAUGGAGUGCCAGCGAGUCAACAGCAUCUCUGGAGGACCCCUGGACGCAAAUAGUUUCCAGCUCGAGUACUUUCGGCACUGUGUGAACUCUCACUAUAGACGCAAAAGUGCCGGCUCGGCAAACGUGCAGUUCCAACGGCACUAAAGUGUAUCUAACAUUUUUAUCUUUUGUUUACUAUACAG